AUGUAAUAAUCAAAAGCUGCAUUGGAAAUAGGUGGAACAUUUAUUUAAGUUGGUAUUGGCACUAAAAUAGAUAACAAAUGGACAUUAACCAAUAAAAAGACAUUUGAUACAAGAGAUCCAGAAGAUACUCUAAUUGAUCUAGUCACUUAUUUACAAUAAUUUCAAUUUGAUUCAAUUUAAAUAGCAUCAUUUGGUCCUUUAUGUUUAAAUAAAGAUGAUCCAAAAUAUGGAUCUAUUACAUCCACUCCUAAACUCAAAUGGCAGAAUUUCCCUAUUGCAGCUAGAUUAUCAUAAUAAUUAAAGAAACCUUUUGCAAUUGACACUGAUGUUAAUGCCUGUGCUAUGGCUGAAUUUAUGUUAGGUAAUCAUAAAGUAAGAUAAUCACUUGCUUAUAUUACAAUUGGAACUGGAGUUGGUGUAGGUAUAAUAGUGAAUGGACAAUGUGUACAUGGAAUGUUACAUCCAGAAGGAGGUCAUAUUUUAGUUGCUAAAAAGGAAGAAGACAAAGAUUUCAAGGGAGUUUGUGCAUUUCAUGGAGAUUGUUUAGAAGUACUAUUAUAAAUAUGAUAUCAUUAGGGAUUAUGUACAAAUGUUGCAAUAGCUAAGAGAUUGAAUUGUUCUAUUACUGAAUUACCAAAUGUUAGUGAUGAUCAUCCAAUAUGGGAAUUGAUAGGAUUCUAUUUGGCAGAAGCAUGUCAAAAUUUAUUAUAUCUAUUGUCAAUAGAAAAGAUAGUAUUAGGAGGAGGAGUUAUGAAUAGGAAACUCUUGUAUCCCAUUAUUGAUAAGCACUUAAGAAGUUUAGUCAAUAAGUAUGUGGAAAUACCAGAAAAUUACAUUGUGGAACCAGAAGUAGAAGAUGUUGGAUUAAUUGGUGCAUUAUUAUUAUAAUGA